AUGCCUCCACCAGACGCCGAUCUCUACCCUGAAGCAUCAGGGGCAGCAAAAGCCUUGGUUGAGGAGCACAGCGUGGAGCAGCCAUUGAAGUUGUAUGCGGGAUGGUUCUGUCCAUUUGUUCAACGCGUCUGGCUCGCCCUCGAGGAAAAGCAAAUUCCUUACCAAUACAUCGAAGUCAACCCAUACCACAAAUCACAAUCUCUCCUUUCAUUGAACCCGCGCGGUCUCGUACCAACACUAUCUGUUUCUCACAGCGGCAUCUCAAAGCCGCUUUACGAGUCUACCGUUAUUCUUGAAUACCUCGAGGAAGCGUAUCCAGAUCAUAAGCCAUGUCUUCUCCCUGAGGAUCCAUACGAAAGAGCUCGUGUGCGGAUCUGGGUUGACUAUGUGACUUCACGGAUCAUCCCAGCAUUCCAUCGCUUUCUCCAAUACCAAGAGGGUCAGAGUUCAAGCAGUAUCGACACCCUGCGCAACGAGUUCCUCAACCACCUGAAAGAAUGGACAAAAGAGGCCCAUCCCGACGGCCCAUUCUUUUUAGGAAAAGAUGUCAGUAUCCCCGAUCUAGUCCUAUCACCAUGGGCAAUUCGAUUGUGGAUCUUCGACGAAUUCAAGGACGGAGGACUAGGUAUCCCUUUUGAGGGACAGGGAGGUGAGGAUGAGAGUGUUUGGAGCCGGUGGAGGAAGUGGCUGGCGGCUAUUGAGGCGAGGCCUAGUAUUCAGCAGACGACGAGUGAGAAGGAGUUCUAUAUUCCAAUUUAUAAGCGGUAUGCGGAUAAUACGGCGGAGAGUGAGUUGGCUAAGGCUACUAGGACUGGACGGGGGGUUCCGUGA